GUCGGCCGCCUGCAUCCCCCACUAGACGUCCUCCUCAUCAACGUAGGGGGGAGCCACUUCCAGCUGUCCCAGGAGCUGUUGGCGUCUCACCCCGAGACCCGGCUGGGCAAACUGGCCCGCUGCAGUCCAGACUCGGUUCUGGAGCUUUGUGACGAUGCCGACUUCAUGCAGAACGAGUUCUUCUUCGACAGAAACUCCCAAACCUUCCAGUAUGUGGUGAAGUUUUACCGCACAGGUCACCUGCACGUCAUGGAGGAGCUUUGCGAGAUCUCCUUUCUGCAGGAAAUCAAGUACUGGGGUCUAGACGAGCUCUGCAUCCACCCCUGCUGCCGAGAGCGCUACUACCGCCGCAAAGAGCAGAGGCAGUCGCUUGAGGAGCAGCAAGGGUUCGAGCCCAACAACCAGGAUGAGGACUUUGUGGGAGCCGCCUGCCCGGCUCUCCGCCAGCGCCUGUGGGACCUUUUGGAGAAGCCCGAGUCGUCCUGUGCCGCUCGCACCGUGGGGUCACUCUCUAUGUUCUUUGUGGUGCUGUCCGUCCUCAACAUGGUUCUGAUCUCGCUGGACCUGGGGCAGAACUUGGGUGGGUGGGGGCUGGGCGCCCCCUGGCUGCUGGAUGUGCUGGAGUACGUGUGCGUGGUUUAGUUUACGGGGGAGUUGCUGGUGCGCUUCCUGUGCGUCCGGGACAAGUGCCGCUUUGGCCGCAGCAUCCCCAACCUCAUUGACCUGCUGGCCGUCCUGCCCUUCUACGUCACCCUGGCGGUGGAGAGCCUUCACAGGGGCACCACAGAGCUGGAGAACAUGGGCCGGGUGGUGCAGGUGUUCCGCCUCCUGCGCUCACUGCGCAUGCUCAAGCUGGGCCGACACUCCACAGGUCUCCGGUGUCUGGGGAUGACCAUCAUUCAGUGCUACGAGGAGGUUGGCCUCCUGCUACUCUUCCUCUGCGUUGGCAUCUCCAUCUUUGCCACCAUGGUGUUUGCUCUGGAACAUGAUUUUCCUGCCACCACAUUCACCAGCGUGCCGACCGCCUGGUGGUGGGCGACCACCUCCAUGACCACGGUGGGCUACGGGGACAUCCGUCCUGACACCGCGGUGGGAAAGGUGCUUGCCUUCUUCUGCAUCCUGUCUGGCAUCCUGAUUUUGGCGCUGCCUAUCGCCAUCAUCAACGACCGUUUCUCCGCCUGCUACUUCACGCUAAAGAUACGGGAUGCAGCGCUACGUCACGGCGAGAUGUUGAAGAGGUUAGCCCGUGGCUCCGUGGGGGACAGAGGCCUUAAUUUGAGGGACGCCUACACUCACAGCGUCCUGGAGAUGCUGCGGCUGAAGGGCCGCGAGCGCGCCAGCACGCAGAGCAGCGGCGGAGACGAUCUGUGGUGGUAGAACCGUGAGGACCUGUUUGCUGCAUCUGUGGCACUUCUGGUGUUUCAGUGAAGAGGAUUAGACUCCAUCUGACGUUGUUUCAGCGGGAGGACGCCCUCUACACCUGGAUGAGAGCAGAAGCUGGAAUCCUGCAGAGAUCUUCCUCUAACCCUUAGUUAGCUGUUGCCAAUCGGUUCUUUUAUUUCCAGCUGUUUUUGGUUCUUUAUGAUCAAUCUGGGAUUCAGACAGUAUUCCACAGGGCUCAAUCUGUCUGUCUUCCUUCAGGAUCCACCCCUCCGUCAGUCCUUCUUCAAGCUCCACCCCUCUGUCUGUCCUCCUUCAGGCCCCACCCCUCCGUCUGUCCUUCUUCAAGCUCCACCCCUCUGUCUGUCCUCCUUCAGGCCCCACCCCUCCGUCUGUCCUUCUUCAAGCUCCACCCCUCUGUCUGUCCUCCUUCAGGCCCCACCCCUCCGUCUGUCCUUCUUCAAGCUCCACCCCUCUGUCUGUCCUCCUUCAGGCCCCACCCCUCUGUCUGUCCUCCUUCAGGCUCCACCCCUCUGUCUGUCCUCCUUCAGGCUCCACUGCAGCCUUCCAGCCUGGCAGUAGUGAGCUGCUCAAGGGCCUCCGGGACCCUCAGGUUACCACGGAGAUGAUGGUCAGACAGCAGCUGAGGGUCAUCGCUGUGUGGCUCCGCCUCCUUAAAGUCUCAGACUGCACACCUGCCUCAUGGUUCUGAGCCCCUCCCAUCAGAGGGUGGGAAAGUUAGGGUCCAACUGUUUGGUUUUGGGUGGAGGUGGAGAUCAGGGGGGUAUUCCAGAAUCAGGUUAUGCUAGCUCCCACGGUACGUUUGAGGCUAAGGAAGUUGAUAACCUC